AUGGGUUCAUAUCGAAUAUUCACUUAUAUCUCCUUCAUAAACCCUAACAGUGGCAAUCCAUUGAACCCUAAUCGUCUCCUAGAACCAUGCUUUAUCCCAACCCUCCACCCUGCUUUCAAUCUUUCAAUGGAGUUCGUUGAGUAUGAGCCAGAAUACAUCCCAGAAGCCGUAAUGAAUUACUAUUCAUGUGGCGUUCAAGUAGGCAGAAGCAAAACUAACAAAGAUUUGAUAUUGAAAGCCAAAAAGCAUCUCUCUGCAAUUGGUUGGUCUUUCUUCUACAUCUGUAAGAAACCCGGCCGUCGAGAACUCCGGUACCGUUCUCCGGCGGGUAAAACUUAUUGUUCUCUUCGAUCAGCAUGUCAAGAUCACAUUGACCACCAUCAAGAUGAUCAUGAUCUUGAUUCGUGUUGUUCCAAGACUGAAAGCUUUACGGAAAAGAAAACGAAAUUAGAGAAGAACGAUGAGUUCUUGAGAACGAGUCGGCCCCAGAAAAGGAUUCAAAUUGAAGAUGAUCAUGAUCUUGAUUUGGGUUGUUCCAAGACUGAAAUCUUUACGGAAAAGAAAACCAAAGUAGAGAAACACGACGAUUUGAGUAACAGUCUGCCCCAGAAAAGGAUUCGAAUUCGAGAUGAUCAUGAUCUUGGAUCAGGUAGUUCCCAGAUUGAAAUAUUUACGGAGCAGAAAACUCAUCGGCCCCGGAAAAGGAUUCGAAUUCAAGAUGUGGAAGCCUCUUAUUUCGAUCGAAAAAGAGAAGAAUCUGGUGUGGAUAGUAAUGACGAUGUGGGUAUCGUCGAAGAUGACAAAAGUGCUGGUUUUCUGAGUGAUCGGCCUGGAAAAAAGAUUAAGCGAUUGAUGGAAUAUUCCGGCAAGAAAAAGAAUGAGUUUAAGCCCAAGAAACAGAUACGAAAGAUGGCAGAUUUGUCUACUCGCAGGAGGUGCGUACUUUCGAUGCUAAUCGAACGUAAGAUCGUGUUCCAGGGUUCGAAAGUGGCGUAUCGUAGCAGAAAAGACGGUCGAGUGAUGGCGGAAGGGCGAGCUUACGAAGAUGGUAUUCAGUGUGAUUGUUGUGGUGAGUUCUUUUUGCUAAGUAAAUUCGAAGCUCAUGCUGGAAGUACAUAUCGUAGACCAGCAGCCAACAUAUUUUUAGACGAUGGAAGGUCUCUUCUCGAUUGCCAAACUCAGUUAACACACGAAAACGAACCAAAAUCAACAAAAUCGUGUGAUCGUGAGACCGGCCAAGAUGAUUUCUGCUCGUUCUGCAACGAUGGUGGCGAAUUGUUGUUAUGCGAUUCAUGUACAUCUUCUUUCCACGCAUCUUGCAUUGGAUUGAAUGGAGUUCCUGAUUCAGAUUACUGGUUUUGCCCUUCUUGUUGUUGUCAGAUUUGUCUUGAAGAUCAGAUUAGUUUAUUCACUAAUGAAGAUAGCCAGAUUAAGUGUAAACAAUGCGCGCACUACUUCCAUACUGAUUGCCUGAGAAAAAAAGGGGUUUUGGUCACUUCUGAUACUGUUAACUGGUUCUGUUCGGAGAAAUGUGAACGGAUAUUUUCCGGCCUAAUAGGGAUCGCCGGAAAAUCGAUUUCGUCAACUGUGGCUAACCUGAGUUGGAGCUUACUGAAGCUUGAUAACGAUGAACACGACAAGAAUUUAUGUACAGAAACUUACAGCAAACUGAACGUUGCGUUAAACGUGAUGCAUGAAUGUUUCAAACCCUUGAAACAUCCGAGGUCCGAUGGUGAUGUGGUCGAACAUGUCAUCUUUAGUAGAUCUUCAGAAAGGUCGAAUUUUAAUGGGUUUUUUACGGCGGUACUGGAGAGAGAUGAAGAGAUGAUUACGGUGGUUGCAGUGCGGGUUCACGGUUGUAAAGCGGCAGAGAUUCCACUUGUUGCCACAAGAUUCCGGUACCGGAAAAUGGGGAUGUGCCGGAUUUUGAUGGAUGAGAUCGAAAGGAUAAUGAAAGAGUUGGGAGUGGAGAGGCUUGUUUUGCCGGCGGUUCCCGAAAUGGUGAGGACUUGGAAGGAAUCGUUUGGGUUCAAAGUGAUGGAUGAAAUGGAACGAUUAAAACUCAUUGAUUGCAAGUUUCUUGAUUUUCCGGGAACGAUAAAAUGUCAAAAAAUCCUCGAGAAAAUGUGA